AACAUUCAUCCCAGAUUUGAUGAUAAUGAAAAUACAGAAAAAAGAAAAGCAGCCGCCAAGCUUAAAAGUGCUGAGCCGCUCCCCAAUGUCGGAUGCCUGGGAGUGCAAGGCGCAGGACCCCUUUGCCAGCAGUGAGGAGCAGGACGAGGUGUCCCACCAGGUGACGGUGACGGCCACGGACACAGACGGCCAGUGCCAGUGCCCAGAGGAGGAGCCCGACGGGGCUCCCCAGAAGCGGACGAGCACCCAGAACGGGAUGCAGGACAGUGGGGGUGGGGGCACGGGGGUGAAGAAGAAACGGAAGAAAAAGGAUCUGGGAGAGCAGGAAGGGGGAGAAAAAGCAGCUGUGGAGGUGAAACCAAAGAGGAGGAGAGAGCCUAAAGAACCAAAAGAGCCUAAAAAGGCCAAGGAGCCCAAGAAGCCGAAGGAGCCCAAGCAGAGGGAGGUGGCCAAGAAACCCCGGAAACCUCGGGAACCCAAAGCCCCCAAGGAGCCUAAAGACAAGAAGAGCGGCUCUGAGUCUGCCCCCAGAACAAGACCCAAGAAGAGCAGCAAGGACACCCCUGUGGAGAAGAAGAAGAAAGGGAAGAGGAAAAAUGAGAUACCAGUGGACAGUUUGGAUUUGGAUCAGGAUCUCCUGAGCCCAUCCGUGCAGAGCCCAGAGGAGUCUGCGGAGUCAGCCGACAGCCAGAAACGCCGCUCAGGACGGCAAGUGAAGAGGAGGAAGUACAACGAGGACCUGGAUUUCAAGGUGGUAGAUGAUGACGGCGAGACAAUAGCUGUGCUGGGAGCUGGGCGAACCUCCGCACUCUCCGCCUCUACUCUGGCGUGGCAGGCAGAGGAACCUCCUGAGGAUGAUGCCAAUAUCAUUGAGAAGAUCCUUGCCUCCAGGAUGGUGCAGAAGGAGGCUCAUCCCGGAGGCCUGGCAUUUGAGAUGGAGGAGUUCUACGUCAAGUACAGGAACUUCUCCUACCUCCACUGUAAGUGGGCAACUCUGGAGGAGCUGGAGAAGGACCCCAGGAUCUCCCAGAAAAUAAAGCGCUUCCGGAACAAGCAGGCUCAGAUGAAGCAUAUUUUUACAGAGCCUGAUGAGGAUUUGUUCAACCCGGACUACGUGGAGGUAGAUCGAAUUCUGGAGGUGGCUCACACGAAGGACCCUGACACUGGGGAGGAGGUGACUCACUACCUGGUGAAGUGGUGCUCACUGCCCUACGAGGAGAGCACCUGGGAGCUGGAGGAGGAUGUCGACCCAGGGAAGAUUAAAGAGUUUGAAGCCCUCCAAAUCCCUCCAGAAAUCAAGCACAUGGUAACGUACCCAGAGGAGCGCCCGGCAUCUGAGUCCUGGCAGAAACUGGAGAAGUCCCGGGAGUAUAAGAACAGCAACCAGCUGCGGGAGUAUCAGCUGGAGGGAAUGAACUGGCUGCUCUUUAACUGGUAUAACAGAAAGAACUGCAUCCUGGCUGACGAGAUGGGGCUGGGGAAGACAAUCCAGUCAAUCACCUUCCUCUCGGAAAUAUUCCUGAUGGGCAUCCAUGGCCCUUUCCUCAUCAUUGCACCUCUCUCCACCAUCACCAACUGGGAGAGGGAGUUCCGCACCUGGACGGAGAUGAAUGCCAUCGUGUACCACGGCAGCCAGAUCAGCCGGCAGAUGAUCCAGCAGUACGAGAUGGUGUACAGGGACACACAGGGUAACCCUCUCCCUGGGAUCUUCAAGUUCCAGGUGGUUAUCACCACCUUUGAGAUGAUCCUUGCCGACUGCCCGGAGCUGAAGAAGAUCCAGUGGCGCUGCGUGGUCAUUGAUGAGGCACAUCGCCUGAAGAACAGGAACUGCAAACUCCUGGAGGGGCUGAAGCUCAUGGCCCUGGAGCAUAAGGUGCUGCUGACAGGGACCCCCCUGCAGAACUCGGUGGAGGAGCUCUUCAGCCUCCUGAAUUUCCUGGAGCCACAGCAGUUCCCCUCAGAGACAGCCUUCCUGGAGGAGUUUGGAGACCUGAAGACAGAGGAGCAGGUGAAGAAGCUGCAGUCCAUCCUGAAACCCAUGAUGCUGCGACGGCUGAAGGAUGAUGUCGAGAAGAAUCUGGCACCCAAGCAGGAGACCAUCAUUGAGGUGGAGCUGACCAACAUCCAGAAGAAAUACUACCGGGCCAUCCUGGAGAAGAACUUCUCCUUCCUGUCCAAGGGUGCCAACCAGCACAAUAUGCCCAACCUCAUCAACACCAUGAUGGAGCUGCGGAAGUGCUGCAAUCACCCAUAUCUUAUCAACGGGGCAGAGGAGAAGAUCCUGGAAGACUUCCGUAAAACACACAGCCCGGAGGCGCCAGACUUCCAGCUGCAGGCGAUGAUCCAGGCGGCCGGGAAGCUGGUGCUCAUUGAUAAGCUGCUUCCCAAGCUGAUCGCCGGUGGGCACAAGGUGCUGAUCUUCUCCCAGAUGGUGCGCUGCCUCGACAUCCUGGAAGACUAUCUCAUUCAGAGGCGGUACACCUAUGAGCGCAUUGACGGGCGGGUGCGCGGGAACCUGCGCCAAGCUGCCAUCGACCGCUUCUGCAAGCCCGACUCGGAUCGCUUCGUCUUUCUCCUGUGCACGCGGGCGGGUGGGCUGGGCAUCAACCUGACCGCUGCCGACACCUGCAUCAUCUUUGAUUCGGACUGGAACCCCCAGAAUGACCUACAGGCUCAAGCUCGCUGCCACCGGAUCGGGCAGAGCAAGGCGGUGAAAGUCUAUCGCCUCAUCACCAGGAACUCCUACGAGCGGGAGAUGUUCGACAAGGCCAGUCUGAAGCUGGGCCUGGAUAAGGCUGUGCUGCAGGACAUCAACCGCAAGGGCAGCACCAACGGGGUUCAGCAGCUCUCAAAGAUGGAGGUGGAGGAUCUGCUGCGGAAAGGUGCCUACGGCGCUCUCAUGGAUGAGGAGGACGAAGGAUCAAAGUUCUGCGAGGAAGACAUUGAUCAGAUCCUCCAGCGCAGGACACAGACCAUCACGAUCCAGUCUGAGGGGAAGGGCUCCACCUUUGCCAAGGCCAGCUUUGUAGCAUCAGGAAACAGAACUGACAUUUCCUUAGAUGACCCCAACUUCUGGCAAAAGUGGGCCAAGAUAGCAGAGCUCGAUACAGACGCCAAGAAUGAAAAGGAGAGCCUGGUCAUCGACAGGCCUCGGGUGCGGAAGCAAACCAAACACUACAACUCCUUUGAAGAGGAUGAGCUGAUGGAGUUCUCUGAGCUGGACAGUGACUCGGAUGAGCGACCCACGCGCUCGCGGCGCUUCAACGAGAAGACGCGGCGGUACCUGCGGGCUGAGUGCUUCCGCGUGGAGAAGAACCUGCUCAUAUUUGGCUGGGGACGCUGGAAAGAUAUCCUGACCCACGGGCGUUUCAAGUGGCACCUGAAUGAGAAGGACAUGGAGAUGAUUUGUCGGGCCUUGCUGGUCUAUUGUGUCAAACACUACAAGGGGGAUGAGAAGAUUAAGAGUUUUAUCUGGGAUCUCAUCACGCCGACGAAGGACGGCCAGAACCAGGCUCUGCAGAAUCACUCAGGCUUGUCAGCACCGGUGCCCAGAGGCAGGAAAGGGAAGAAGACGAAGAACCAGAUGCUGCUUCCUGAGAUAAAGAAUGCGGACUGGCUCGCCACCUGCAACCCCGAGGUCGUCCUGCAUGACGACAGCUACAAGAAGCACCUCAAACAGCACUGCAACAAGGUUCUGCUGCGGGUGCGAAUGCUCUACUACCUGAAGGCUGAAGUGCUGGGGGAGGCCGCGGACAAAGCCUUCGAGGGGACCCCCGCCAGGGAGCUGGACGUGCUGCUGCCAGAUAUUGACUAUGUGGAGAUCCCAGUGGACUGGUGGAACGCCGAAGCCGAUAAAUCCCUGCUCAUCGGCGUCUUCAAGCACGGUUACGAGAGGUACAAUGCCAUGCGGGCGGACCCGGCGCUGUGCUUUCUGGAGAAGGUGGGCAUGCCGGACGAGAAGCUGCUCUCUGCGGAGCAGGGCGUCAGCGAUGGGGCCCAGGACGCUGCCGAAAGGGGCAGCAUGGAAAAGGAAGAGAGUGGUGGAGAAAAGCUGGAGGGGCUGCCAAAGCAGGAGGACGUCGUGGCUGCUGGGGUGGGCGAAGCCAGUGAGAAGCGGGACGAGCCAGUGGCAGCCCAGGAUGGCUCCGACUCAGACAGAUCCUGCUGGCCUGUCUCAUCUGCUCUCACAGCCAGACUGCGGAGGCUCGUCACCGUCUACCAACGCUGCAACCGCAAAGAGCUUCCUCCCCGUGCCGAGAUGCUCGUGCCUGGUAACCAUGGAUACUGGCUGCAGGACGAGAUGUUCAGGAGAGCCUCUGAGAUGGACUCGGUGAACAAAGAAAUGCAGAAAAGGUGGACCAGGAGGGAGCAGGCAGACUUCUACCGCACUGUCUCCUCCUUUGGGGUUAUCUAUGACCAGGAGAAAAAGAUUUUUGACUGGGCCCAGUUCCGAGCCAUCUCUCGACUGGAGAAGAAGACAGAUGAGAGUCUGGAGAAGUACUUCUACAGCUUCGUGGCCAUGUGCAAGAACGUUUGUGGUCUCCCACUGUGGAAAGAGGAUGGUCCCCCAGACCCUGACAUCUACGUGGAGCCCAUCACAGAGGAACGUGCUGCCAGAACCCUCUACCGUAUCGAGCUUCUGCGAAAGGUGCGCGAGCAGGUGCUCAAGUGUCCGCAGCUCCACGAGCGGCUCAAGCUGUGCCGGCCGAGCCUCUACCUGCCGGUGUGGUGGGAGUGUGGCAAACAUGAUCGGGACCUGCUGAUCGGCACCGCCAAGCACGGCCUGAAUCGCACUGACUACUACAUCAUGAAUGACCCCCAGCUGUCUUUUUUAGAUGCAUACAGGAACUAUGCCCAGCAUAAAAGAACGGGGCUCCCAGGCCCAGAAACCCUGUGCUGCCUUUACCAGACUAACUCCAAACUCUACAGUUCCCCUCUGUACAGCCAGGUGGACCGGACUUGCGAAUCCCUGGAGAAUGAAGCCGAGAGUCAGAUCAAGCUAGAAACUGUAGACAACACUAUGUCCCAGGCUGGGGGCAGUCCGCCGGAUGCAAACUGUGAAACAUUCAUGUCUAAAGUCCGGGACAUCAUUUCCAGUAACUACGAUGAGAGCUCUCUGCCAGACUCGUUGGUGUGCAUGAUGUACGAUGAGAAGGCCUGUAACAGUGAGCAAAGCUCCCUUGCCCGAGACAGCCCAAGUUGCACAGACGUUGGAAGCGGUGUUGCUAAACUCUCUGAGGGCAAGCUAGAGGGGGACGAGGAUCCGUCCAGCUGCGAUGCAGAUGCCAUGAGAGAGACUCCCUUCCUAGAGGGUUUGCAGGUGGGCUGUGACCGAAUGGACAGUCAGAACGAGGAAGCUGAGCCUUCACCUUCUCCCCCCGAAAGCGACCCUUCGCGGAGCGUCCCAGCAGAGCUCUGUGAAGCCUUGCAGCAGAAGGGAGACUUCACCAGCCCUGCGCCGGUGCUGCCUGAGCACGGUGCCAUGGAAGGGGUCAUAAGCGUGGGGCUCUACAGUCCCAGUCUUCAUAACUAUGACAUAAAGGUUCCUCCUGAGCAGAGGUUCAUCAGUCUGCUGCAGGAGAAAGGAAUGGAGGCAAAGUCAGGGCCAAGUCAGAGCCACAGCGAGGAAGAUGAGGAGGAAGAAGAGGACGAUGAUAACUCCGAGGCAGCAGCAGAUGUUGUGGAAGGCUUGAGUGGUCCCAGGACCAGGGCCGGUUGUGACCCCGAGGCUAAUGAACUGGGGGGCGAGGAGCAGAGCUCUGGUCUCCCCACACCCGAGGACACUUGCCCAGAAGACGUGAAUGGCGAGAGAGAGUCCCUGGGGCUGGGGACACCCGAAGGGCUGGGGGAGCCCGGGCCAGAGGGCAGGGAGGACCGUGGCUUGGAUGAGGAGAGCACCCUGCAGCACUCACUGGGCCAGGCUCAGAGCCAGGCUUUCAGCCUGCCUGCACCUCUGCUGGGGGCCCCAGGGGCAGAGCCCCCCCGUGCCGGGGGAGAGGCCUGGGGCCGAGGGGCUGAGGGGCAGGCAGGCUGCAGAGAGGCCCUGCACCCUGAGCCCCAGGGGGUGAAGCAAGAAGAGUGUGAGAACAGAGACGAGGGGGAGAAAGCCAGCAGCAGCCAGAGUCAAGACGGUCCAGAGAAGUACUUGGAGGAAGAGAGCAAGAGUUCUGCUUCUGUCCUGCCUGGGGAGAUCGAUGACCUUCAGGAUGCCCGGGCACCGACCAUAGCCCAGCUGCUGCAGGAGAAGACGCUUUACUCCUUCUCUGAGUGGCCUAAGGACCGUGUGAUCAUCAACCGCAUUGACAACAUCUGCCAUGCCGUCCUGAAGGGCAAGUGGCCUUCCUCCAGCCAGCAGUUCGAGACACAAAGCCUGCUGACAGCUCCAGCGGUAGCCAGCAAUGCCGGCAGCAGGAACAGCUUUGCCGAGUCAGAAGCCCCUGAUCCCAGCUUCAGUAACGGGGUGUUAAUCUCACAGGAAGGUUUCCUGACCCCUGCCUUUGCAAAGGACGAGCGGAAGCACAGGAGGCCCUAUGAAUUUGAGAUGGAGAGAGAUGCCAAACAGAGAAGCUUGGAGCAGCUAGCAGCAACCCAUGUUCAUCCACCCAUUGUGCUGAAUGGCUGGCGCGACGCAGCGGUGGACUUGUCCAGAGCCUCUGAUGGGUCCCCAGGGAACUCCUCUCCUUUCACCUUGAACACAAACAUGCCCAAACUGGGGACCGUGAACACCCUCCAGGGCUCCCUGGGCAUGGACUUGUCUGGCAUCCUCCAGGCAGGGUUAAUCCAUCCUGUCACAGGACAAAUUGUAAACGGCAGCCUCCGAAGAGACGAUGCUGCCAUGAGGAGGAGACGAGGCAGGAGAAAAAAUGUAGAAGGGAUGGACCUCAUCUUCUUGAAGGAGAGGCCUCUUCCAACCAGGCUGCAGGAUGUUCAGGAAGACCAGCCGCAGCCCCCCCAGAACAGUCCUCUCCCCGAUGGGCCGGUUGCUGCUACCUCAACUCCACAGCCAGUCCCAGCUGCAGGCAGCCAAGCAGAGAAGGCUGUCCCAAAUAAGAGUCUCCUCGACUGGCUCCGUCAGCAGUCCGACUACACACUCGACGUUCCCGGCUUUGGCACAAAUUUUUCAGACAAGCCCAAGCAGAGGAGGCAACGCUGCAAGGACCCCAGCAAAUUGGACAUUAACUCACUCACGGGAGAGGAGCGGGUGCCUGUGGUACAUAAGGGUACCGGACGGCGGGGCUACUUACCGGAAAGCAAAUUCAAUCGCAUCCUAACCGAGCCUGUGCUCCGAGACGCGGGGCCCCGCCGGAGGGGGAGAAGGCCCCGAAGCGAACUCAUUAAAGGCCCUGGCGUUGUAGCAGAUUCUUCUUCGGGAAUGGGACCAUUGUUCAUGAACGGACUGAUUGCUGGGAUGGAUCUAGUAGGACUUCAGAACAUGAGAAACAUGCAAGGGAUCCCUCUGACCGGGCUGGUUGGGUUUCCUGCUGGAUUUGCAGCAGUGCCCGCUGGUGAGGAUGUGAAAAGCACCCUAGGUAUGUUGCCCAUGAUGCUGCCGGGCAUGGCUACUGUACCACAGAUGUUUGGCGUUGGAGGACUUCUCAACCCCCCCAUGACAAGUACUUGUACUGCGACUGCUCCGACUUCGUUAACAAGCACAACGAAAAGUGGUACAGCCAACGCAGAGAAAGCUACUGAGGAUAAACAGAGUAGCCAGGAUGUGAAAAAAGAAACUCUCGCGGAAGACAAGCCUGGUCCUAGUUCGUUUUCUAAUCAGACAGAAUCUGCAAUAACUACCAGUAGUCCUGUAGCUUUUAACCCGUUUCUUAUCCCAGGGAUGUCUCCUGGACUGAUCUAUCCCUCAAUGUUUCUUUCCCCUGGCAUCGGCAUGGCGCUGCCCGGCAUACAGCAAACCAGACACUCGGAGGCAGCGAACCUGGAAAGCCAGAAGCGGAAGAGAAAGAAAGCGAAAGGGGAAUCGGCAAACCCAGAGCCAGAAACUGUCUCACUGCCGGAAAAAGAAGCUGCGAACAGUCAAAACUGUACAGAGCAAACACCGCCUUUGUCGGCAGAGAAAGAGCAGGACGGACCAGCAGAGGAGGAGCGCGAAGCGGCUCGCGAUACCAAUUAGAACUUUUGUUUCAUUGAAAAAAAAACACAAAAAGAUUGUGGCUUGUGAGUUUCUUAUCCCAUAAACUCUUUGUUACUUACCCUCCCGCCCCGCUCCGCCUUCAUAAACCUGUGUUUCCAUGAGUAAUAUUACCUACCUAAUUCCCUGUCAGAAAAAACUCUGGUGACAUACUACAUGUUAAUAGUUGCAGGGUCUUGCCACUUUAUUAGAUAAACAGUGUUGUCUAGCUAGUAUGGGAGGCACCGAAUUCUCGUUCUGUUUUUCCAGUCGUUCAUCCCAGCCGACGAUAGCAAAUCCAGUACUCGGUCACCCCCCCAAAUUGCUCACUCCUGUGAGAAGAAAACGCAGCAAAAAAAACAAGAGCAAAAGAAAAGUCUUUACCUCUUGGUCUACACGCAGACAAGGGUAUUUCUGUCUACAGCGACACUGAACGAAAAAGCCUGUAUUUGGGGGUAAAAAGCACAGCUAUAGUAAGUGCUAAUGUGUAUUUUUGAUUUAAAGUAUUUCCCUAUUUUAUCAUGGUUACUAGAAUAGUAGUAUAGACAGAAGUAUAUAACUAAUGAUUGAAAAUGCAUAUAUUCAUUUCUUUGAAAGGAAAAAGCAUAACUGGUAGUGAUAUAAUUUCUUUAUCACCCCCACCUCAAAGGUUUGGAGACAAACUGCAGCGAGUGAAAAUAUGACAUAGACAUUCUUUUAUAUUUUUCAAAACCAAAGUUUGGUUUUACGUUAGGUGGAGUUUAGUUGCCCUUUCCUCGAUAGUUACAAGAACUUUUCAGCUUGAGCUGGAAAGGUUUUGCACAUCUUGCAUGACUUUUUUGGGAUUACUGUACCUGUAGCUACCAGUUUCUUCACCAUUCUGCUAGUCUUCAGUUCUCCUCUAUGGCGUUAGUUCUCAUCUAUGGCAUUAGAAGUGCUGUAAAGGUAUUUUUUUCCAGCCGUGAACAGGCCACACUGAUUUUAAUGCUCUUAUAUGAACACUGAGGCUUUUUGAGUUUUUAUAUUUUCCACUCCUUACCCCAGAAGCAACGUCCUUUCAGCAAACAAGGAAAAGGCUGUAGGCCAGCUUUCCUGUUUGGGGAGUCCUCUAAGAAGGACCGUUGAGACUUUCAAAGCUUGAGCUUCUUCUUUUCUAGCGUUAGACUGUGAAGAGAUGACCUUGGCUUCUUCUUUCCAUUCCGUUUGCUGUUGAACAGUGUUUCCGAGUCCCCGUCCCCCCCCCAUUGGCAAAUGAUUUCGACGUCUGCAUUUUAAAUGGACAGGUUUUAAUGCCGUCAGCCCCCCGCAGCUCUGGGUACUGAGACUCCUCCACAGGCGACUCUUCUUAUUUCUCCUUCCCCACACUCCUCGUUUAAUUUUUCUUUCACUUGGGCUUGUUCUUAUUUGCAGCUCAUGGUUUGAGACUUGAAAUAAACCCACGGUGGUGCAGCAGUGAGAUAAAAGGCAGGCUGGUGAGGGAGUUGGGAGCGUGCUAGUAAUCGGUUUCACAUUUGGUUGUCACAAUUUACUGUAUUUUUUACUUAUUUUCUGUUACAGUUUUGCUAAUUUAUCAGAUGGUCCAAAUGUUUUGACAUAACUAUUUCAGUUUGCAUUAUUUAUUUAUGAUGCUUUUUGUCAUUGUCUUUUAUACAUUUGGGAUUAUAAAUUAUGUACAUGUUAAAAUUAGCAUCUCAAAGAAGUCUGUUACCCAUGGUCUAAAAAGCAUUUGGUUUAUAUUUUCACGGAAUUUAUUCCCAGUUUACUGGAUUGGAUGAUUUUUUUUUUUAAGUAUGUAACCAAUCAUAAUGCAACCCCCCCCAAUAAUUAAAUGUGUUCUAUUUAAUAACAUCCUUGUAGCAUAGAUACUGUAUCACUAUCGACAGAUUUCUUAGAAAUGCUGCUAUCUCUAUUUAACUAACAUUUUGUUCAGUUUUGCCUCCAGUGGAAGCAGAAAGGGUUUUUUCAGCUGUUAAAUCCAAAAUCAAUAUAAUUUAUUUAUGUAAAAAAAAAAAAAAUCACGAUUGAUAUAUUUUUGAACCUUUUAAGUACUAACUUUCUUUUUAUUCGGUAGAAGAACAUGUACUUGCCCUAAAUCCUUAAAAUACAAAUGCUAUAAAACUUCAUAUAUCUUCAAAGCCUUACUGUGAAUGGAUACAGAAAUCUCUUCAGAGUCCAUUUCUUGUUACGGGAUGGUUUUUCCAGGGUUACACACGUAAGGAACAGGGUUUAAAGUGAAAUUUAUUUAAUUAGCCAGCAUGCUCUAUACCUUGUUCUUCCUUAUCAGACAUGUAUGCUACGUCUCUGGGUGUUUAGGCUUCUCUUUGACUGCUACUUUGUGACCCUUUUGCAACCCGAUAUACUCUGUGGAUUAUUUAGACUGUAAGGCAUAAGUGGCUGCUUCUUAUUUUCCAUCAUAUCCAAAACAAAUGCCAAAUUUUCACCGGUUUUCAUGGCUACUCACACAAACAUACAUUCUUCACCAAAUGUGCUAACAAAAUAAACUGUCUGUGCUCUUGAACAUGGAUAAAAAGAAAAAGAUUUAAAAGUCAGAUUUUUAUUUUUUUAAUUUAGUGACUAGAUGAUGCUUAUCUUUCAAACUUGGCAGAGCCUUGCUACAGAUGUAUAUAAUUUUUUUCAGCAAAUAUAUGUGAAUGUUUAAUUCA